AUGACCGUUCUCGAACUCGCUCUACAUAUGACCAGAGGUGCCAGCGAAAGGGCUUUGACCAAGGCCAUGGAAAUGAAUGAGUUGGAUAUUGGGAACCAAGGUGAACGCGUUGAAGAACGCAUCGAUAUCAUUCGACUCUUGUUGGAAAAGGGCUUCUUGUGGGGAAGUGGCGACCUGAUUUGCAAAGUGGUCCCCAAGGAGAAUGGCUACCGCAGCAUCGUGCGGCAGGCGUUUGCACGGGCCAUCUUGCAUGAUUCGGUGCGAGACAUGAUACACCUGAACCGCAGCCGCAUCAAAUUCCUGCAAAACCAUUGCGCUGGUGUUGGCAUGGACGGUGUGGUCUGGAUCAUGGGGGAGGCAUCGGGUGCUUUUACGCUACUGGGAUUGCUGAGUCAAAAAACAGUACUUAUGGAGGCAGCACAGGAUGGUACCAACCACGAUGAAGCCUUCAUCAAUUUUCCCGAACUGAUUCGUCUGCACCGGGUGCUGCAAGCACCUAUAACCACUGUGGAUCCGGAUGGUUGGAAUGCCGAAAUGCUGGCAGCUCGGGCUUUGAACAAGGAACAUGUGAAGUUUCUGCAGGAAGCCACAGUGGAGAUGUGGCAUGACUGGGGAAGCGAUGCCUUCAACUUUUUCAUAGUGGGAAAAAUGGCUUCGGAGCAGUUCUCAAGUGUUUGUAUUUUCCUGGCUCUUCAUGUCACUUCACUGGCCUACAUUGGAGCUUUCUUCUUUAUUUGCGGUUGGCUUUUCGAUCUUUCUCUAUUCCUGUGCAACAUGUUGUUCAAUCGAAGCAAGCUGGACAGAUUGCUUUCUUGGCUUCCAGUUUUGGCGCGGUGCAGGUGUACUUUUCUAGGUGCUGAAAUGUUUCUACGGGUAUUGUGGCUUCUCACACUUAACGCGGCAUUUCUGAACCUCCCACCAGAGUUUACGAUUGUCUGGGAGAAACACGUCAGUCCGUUUGAAAUCCCUUCAGUCAGCAAGUGGAAUCCUCUGCCUGCAACGGUGCAUUCAAUUUGCUGCUUCUGCAUUCUCUUGGUGCUCUUGUUUGGACUUCCCGAUUACGCAGCUGCUCGACGCGCUGCAGAGGAUGAAGAAGAAUACCCAGCUGCUGCCGUCCCAGAGGACAGGUAUCAAGAUCCGACGUGCCACUUGAUUGGUUGCAUUUGUGUCUUUGGGCUCAUGACCCUUCUGAUGAUUAUCUACUUGCAGAUAGUGCUUCGGCCAAUGGAAAUGGAUCCCUGGAAAAUGGGUCUGUGGUGCGGCUCGCUAUUGGUUCAGAUCAAGAUCACCCUAGAGGAUGCUCUGUCCCCUCGAGCGCAGCAGGAUCUGCAAGUCGCAUUUAAGGCCGAUGUGUUGGAAGAGAGCAAUGUGGAAGAUCGUUAUCAAGCUGUUCGGCAUGUGAUGCAUCACUGGCACAGGUGGGCAUGCUGCAUGGUGACACCUUUGAACACGAAGAUUUGGUGCCUGCUGAUGUUCGCCCGCCAGCAUCGGCUGCGCAUCUCUCGCGAAGAUGGCGCUGCAGAAGUACAGUGGUCCUGGCUGGAAAUCACAUGUCGUUUCGCCAUGUCCUACAUCUCCAAUGGGUUGUACAAGGCCAUUAUUGUCUACACUUUACCCUUGUGGUUGUGCCGCGGAGGCCUCACAGACUUUGUUUUGAACGCCUUCGCCACGGUUUACAUUGUUGAACUGGACGACUUGACGAGUCGCGAUGAAUGGAGGCUGUUGCUGGAGGAGAUUGCUUUCGAGUGCCUGAUGUCGCUGGUUUUCACAGCUUUGGCUGGGAUUUUCCUAGCAAUCCCUGCCCAAGUCUACGCACAGGCCUUGCAGGCUGAACCGGCUGAAGUUGAGAUUUGCUUCAAGCGCGCGCAGCAGAACAAAACCGUGGACCCCUACUGCGGCAAGAGAUGGGCGCUGAUCAACGACGCCACCGUGCCGGAGUUCUGGGAAGUGCACGAAUUGGAGUUCUAUUGGGAUAGCCAGUGCAGCCUGCCAUUCCCGCAGGGUCUGCCCAUCGCGUCGUCGCGCAUCAACGGCAACGACGAGGACUUGGCCUGGGACAAGAACCUGCUGACGAAGUGGUCCGCCGAUUGCAACCGGAUUCUGGGAGGCUGCAGCCCUCGGACGCAGUGGGUGGGCAAAAACAUCGGUGACUCGAUUCCGCUGAACAAGGAACCUGUGGAGAAAUUUGCCCAGGUGAGAUGCAUGCGGAUGUAUCAGUCACCCAAUGCCACGCGACAGUCGUCCUCGGUGAGCAUCAUCACAAUGGAGAAUGAGAGCUUGAGUAGUUGGCACAUCAUCUACUCCUACGGUGACCUGGCGGGCGGCGCCUGGCACACGCGGCCCGCGCGCGAGGAGUCGCUCUGGCGCAUCUGGAACUUGGAUCCGAUGCCCAGGCCCUGGCAGGUGGCGGAAGUGAUGUUCUUCACGGAUCUGUUCUGCGAAGAAAACAAGCAAGCGAUUGGAACCCCCAUCUCGAAUGGUGCCUACUUCGAGGAGACCUGCAUUACGGAGCGCACCUGCGAUCAGUAUACCGCCAGCAAGGCCUUCGAUGGCAUCAAGAUGCCAGGCUAUAUCCUGCCUCGCCUCGAGGGGAAAUUCAUCGCCAACUGUGAGUUCUGGGCCGGCUGCGCCGCGAAACAGGUGUGGAUCGGCCUGGAUUUUGAUGUGCUGCCGAAGACCGUGCGCUGCAUUCGGAUCAACCAACCGGUGCACGAAGGCUUUGACGAAGGAUGGGGUGUGCCUCAUUUCACCUCGAGGAUUCUGUUGCAAAGUUGGGAUGGCUUCAAAUGGGAAGACCGCAACGUCUUCAGCGGCCUGGGACAGGGCGGCUGGAAUGACACCAUGCCUUUAGAGCGGACCAGUUGGCGAAUUGCCAACUUCGAUCGGAUCCUGCUGUCCUGGAGGGUCUACGAGUUGGAAUUCUAUGACAACGAGGAGUGCGCCGGCACGAAGAUCAGGGGUGAAUCCGUGAACUCCAAUCCAGCUCUGUUGUCGCAGGCCCAGCAAGCGGCUUGUUGGACAGACCUGGGCAGCUGCGCGGAUAACGUCUUCGAUCAAAAGAUCGAGACGGGCUGGGAAUCCUCCUGCAGCCCCUGCGACCAACGUGGCGCCUGGGUCGGGCUGCGCUUUGCGCAGGCUACUGAGGUGAAGUGCUUCAGGCUGCUGCAGAGUGAAGAUGUGAAGCACCGCACGGAUGCCUUGGAACUGGCCGAGUGGAUGGGCGAUCAUUGGGAAACCCGCCGCUUCGAGUCUGGCGUGGGAGGAGGAACUUGGAACCGACGUCCUAGUGGUGUGUCCACUAUGUGGCGCUUGCUGAACAUCGUGGAUACCGAAAGGCCUUGGACAGUGACCGGCUUGGCCUUCUAUGCAGAUGAGGUGUGCAACAUUCCAAUCUAUGGGAGCCCCAUCACCAAUGGCAAUGAGAAACUCUACCGCGCAGAGGAUGCGUUUGACGAUCACAUUGAAACUCAGUGGAUCACUUCAUGCACUCCAGCCUUCACAGGGCACCAGGGGUGCAUGGCCAACAGCGCCUGGUUGGGUCUGCAGAAGAAGGACUCCUUUAAGGUCUCGUGCAUGCGGCUCUAUCAGACGCGGGAACGGCUGAAACAGGCCUCCACUGCGGUGCUUCAGGUGUGGGACGGCCUGGUGUGGACUGCCUCCAAGGACCACCCCAUCUUCACCGAGCUGGGCGGUGGCGCCUGGCAGGUGCUGCCCGGGCUGCGCGCCUCGAUGUGGCGCGUGCUGGCAGAUCCGGCCCCCGGCGGCCACGGCGUGGGUAUCUCGGAGAUCACGUUCUACCGAAAUCCCGAUUGCACCGAUCUCAUCCAUGCCUCGAUUCCCAACAUCAUGCCUAUCUGUUCGGGCUAUGCAACCAGCCGCGAGAUCGGGGACAAGACCGGCUACACGAAUCACUAUUCCAGGAUGGGUGAGCUCGCCACAGCGGACCCCAUGCGCGCCUUCGACGGCGAGCUGCAUACCUUCUGGGCGGACGUGGCCGGAGAACGCGCCUGGCUGGGCCUGGACUUCUCGUCUCAGGUCUCUGAUGUACAGUGCAUUCGCGUCGCCUUCCCCGGCAUCCGAUCCCUGCAACCCAACAGUGGAGAACUGCAGGGCUGGAAUGGGAACACGUGGAGGGCGAUGAAUACGCGGUCCCUGAACAUUUUCAACAUGGACUCGGUACUACUGUUGCCGCUGCCGGCCUUAGGAGGGCAGGGCUUUCAGAGGCGCCCUGCGCCGCCGAACUCCAUUUGGAAGGUGCAGAAUGUGCCGCCGAUCCCAGGGUGGAAGGUCUUCGAGUUGGCCUUCUACACGGACCUGGCCUGUCGUGGCGACGCCGUCCAGGGCGAGGCGAUCAGCAGCGCGGAGGAUGCAGCACUGGGGGAUCAGUUCAGUGGCCACAAAAACCCGCUGAAAGCCUUCGAUGGCGACACUCUGUCCUUCUGGGAAGCCCAUUGCCGUGUGGGCCCCACUGGCCCCGUGUGCGGCAGCGGUGAAGCUUGGCUGGGCUUGGACCUGAAUGGCGUUGGGCGCAAGAUCCAAUGCAUUCGCAUCAUGCAGAGCGGUCUCCGGCUACAACAGGUGACCUCGGUCGCUCUGGCGGCCUGGACGGGCGGCGCCUUCGAGAUGCAGAACGAGUUCAACGGCCUAGGCGGCGACACGUGGAACCGCCGCCCCAUGCCGCCGGACACCAUGUGGCGUGUGGCGUAUGGACAGCGGUCCAGCACCGUGUGCUUGGGAAUGGAGGAACGUGGAUGGCAUCGAUCCUGGGGAGUCUCAGAGGUGGAAUUCUAUGGCGACGACGCCUGUUCGGUGAAGCUCCCGGGCCCCGCGGAGGGCGUGGACGUGGUGGCCAGCGGCACGCGCGAGGCCGGCAUCGCGCCGCUGAGCGGCACGGGGCCGCACCUGGCCUUCGACGGGCUCGUGGGCACCACGUGGACGGCGCAGUGUGGCGCUGGAUCAAGGGCCAAUGAGGAGGCAGACUGCAGAGAAGGCAUGGAGUGGGUUGGACUGGACUUCAGCACCAUGUUCGAUGGGCUGCCGGUGAUGGUGCGCUGUAUGAAGCUGAUGCAGUCGCGCAAUCCCAGCAGCGACUGCUGCGACCCUGCCGAGAGUGUGACCCUGGACCGUUGGAACGGCACCCACUGGGCCCAUGCCUCCUGGCGCCACGUCUCGGACACCGGGGAGGUCUUCAGCAUCGAGGGCCUCUAUGGCCGCGUGGCGCCCUGUCCCGAGCUCUCGGCCGAGCAGGCGCAGGCGGCGCUCAGCGGCUUGAGCAGCGGAGUGGUGUCGGCACCGGCCAUCACCACGCGGAGCCGGAGGCAGAGCGACGUCUGCGAGAUUCCCAAUCCGGGCUCGGUGAAGUUGCUGGCGGAUCCUUUCUGUGAGAAGCACCCGGAGUGUGCCAAGGCUGGCUAUGUGGGAAACUGCUGUCCGAUUGCCGGAAGCACUUCCAGAUGUUGCUGCGCCUUCAAUCUCAACACCGAGGUCUUUGAGGACGAGAUCCUGGACGCGAAGAUUGCGGCGGAGCUGAUGGGCGAAGCUCCGGUAGGUUUUGAGAUGAUCAUCAUCCAAUCCGCGACGGUCUUGCCUUUCAUCGGAGUGAUCUUUGCAUUGGUCUUCCUGAUCAUCUACAUGAUUCCGAAACCUCCGUCGCGUGGAGAUGGCACGACCAGCUGUGCUGAGAGGAUGUGGUAUCGCCUCUGUGGACCCACCCACAGGUGGCUCCAAGGAGGGGGUCUGAUCCCCACGCUUCUGUAUCAGCUGGUACGACACAGCUUGUUGGAUCGCUGGUGGACCUUGGUCUUGAAGAGGCUUCUGCUGCUGUUGCUGGGCUUCCUCAUUGGUUCCAUGCUGAUCUGGGCCGUGCUGUCGUACUUGAUGUCGGAGGUUCUUACGAGGCUGGUCUUGGCGUGCAGUUUCUUCAUCCGAUGGUCCAAGUCGCGCUACAAUCCCAAGAACCCUGCACAGAGGAAGCGAAUGGCGGUGGUGCUGGGUUUGCCCCUGGGGGAUCCGGAGAGUCAAUCUUUGGCGAUCAAACCGCCCAACAUCGCCAACAUCGUCUUCGCCAUCGUGCAGACGGUGGUGCAGGGGCUGCAGGAACUCAUACAGGCGCUCUCAGAUUGUUUUCCCUUCCAGGCCACAAGUCUGAUCACGGUGCAAAUCGGGGAUGGUCCCCGUGGCAGCAAGAGUUAUCCAACUCAAGGCAAAGGCUGGAUGCAAAUGCUCCUAUGGAUUUUGGGACCCCUGGUCCAAGCAGUAUGUGCGACCUCGCACCAAGCCUAUGGCUAA